UCUAUGACAGCAUGGGCGUUCCUGGUCUUUGUUCUAUUUUAUUAUCAGUGCCAGUCUAAGCAACAGUGAUGUGUCAAAUAUUUUUAAAAAUAAAUUAAAGAACCAAAGAUUUUAUAAAUUAUUUAUUUAAAUUCAGUUUACAAAAUAUAAAUAAAUGUAUGUAUAAAUUUAAAAAAAAAUUAAAACGAGAUGAUUUAUAAAAAAAAUUUUAAAUCAAUGACAGCUAACCGCCAAUUUAUAUUUUCGUUCAACAAAAUAUUUAUUUAAAUCAAUAUCUAAAAUAAUAAAUUUAAAAUAUUAAUCUGCUGUCUGAUAAAUAAAUAUAUUUAUAUAAAUAUUUAAAAUUUAUAACAAAGUAUCCAAUGAAACUGACAUAAUUUUUUUUUUUAUUUUAUGUAUCAAACAAAGAGCGAUAGUUAUUUUUUUUAUGAUUCUUACAUACAAAAACAAGUCAUAUGACCUUCGGAUAAUUUAUUAAGUACCGAGGCUGAGUAAUUGUGUACAAAUAAUGAAACAUAGAAGGAAGUCCAUCUAAUUAAAUCAAAAGUAUCAAAAACAUAUAUAUAUAAAAUAAAUUAAAUGGUUAAAUUAAAAUCUAAAUAAAAAAAUUAUUUUUAUAAAUGAAAAUUUAAUGACAAGAAAGAGAAAAAAAUAAUAAAAAUAAUUAUUAUGUCUGGAAGUAAUUCACUGAUGGCAACUUCACCACGUAGUGGGACUGCACCAAAUAGAAAUUCACAAAAGUCGACUUUAUUGAAAGUUGUGAUACUUGGUGAUGGUGGAGUUGGUAAAUCGUGUCUGAUGAAUAGAUUCGUUUCAAAUCACUUUGACGAGCACAGUUUUCAUACUAUUGGAGUUGAAUUUCUGAACAAAGAUAUUGAGAUUAAUGGAGAGGCUUACACUUUACAAAUAUGGGAUACUGCUGGCCAAGAAAGAUUUAAAACAUUGAGAACACCAUUUUACAGAGGCUCUGAUAUUUGUUUACUGACUUAUGCUAUUGAUGACAGAACUAGCUUUAGAAAUUUAGCACUUUGGAGAUCAGAAUUUUUGUAUUACGCUGAUGUACAAGAAGGCUCUUUGUUUCCUUUCAUUGUUGUUGGUAAUAAAGUUGAUGUAGCAGAGACUGAAAAACAAAUAACGACAGAAGAAGCACGUGCUUGGUGUGCAGAAAACGGUAAUCCGCCUUUAGUAGAAACGUCUGCUAAAAAUGCAACUAAUGUUGAAGCAGCUUUUGGUGCAGCUGUUGCAGCUUGGGCUAAACUAGAAGCUAAACUUGAACGUCCAAUUGUUGAAGAUACUAUUGAUCUCUCAAAACAACACUCGCCUCAACGCUCUAGCUGCUGUAUGCCAUUGUCUAGCUCCGAGUAGUUCUUGGUACUAAGAUUUAAUAUUUAAUAUUUUUAUUCGGCUAUUAAUAAAUUAUGCAUGUGGGAAAUUAUUAUUUUACUUUAACCCUAAACUUAUUAACAAAUAAUUAUUGGAUUAAAAAAAUUAAAUUACAAAUAAGUAACGACAGAUUAUAUAAAUAUUUUUCUUUGUGAUUUAGACCAAAGUUCUCGAUGGAUUUUGUUAGUAAAAAGUUUUUUUAUUUUUAGAUUAAUACAAACAUAGUUUAUGUGUUUUUUUGUUUGAUAUAGAAAAGUUUAAAAUACAUUACUCAGUUAUUCUAAUUUUAAUUUUACAAAUUAAUACGAAAGCACUGGGAAUUUUAUCGGGCUUUCGUUUUAGGUAUAAAAAAUAAUUUGAAGCAAGCGCAUGCUCUGUGAAAAAUGCUCAUGGUAUUGAAAAAAAUUUUAAAUAACAGAUAAUAUUAAUAGUAUAAGAGUAAUCUCACGCUGUAACAAAUUAGGAGUGAUUAAGGAUUUUAUUUGAAACCGAAUUCGCUCCGAUUCGGAGUUCCGGAGUUUAAAAAAAAAAUCACUUCACUAAUGGAGUAAAUAGCUCGUGUAAAAAAAAUUCCAAAAAAUUUCGAGAUGUGGAACUUCUAAAUUUGAGUCAGAUUAGAACUUUGAGUAGAACUUUUGUUUAACUUUUGUAAUUUUAAAACCGUAUUUUUACUACCUUUUACAGUAGACUCUGGUAAUAAGUUACAUCGGACGCUCUACUCACUCUCACGUCAAUUUCAUUUUUUCCUGUAAGUAAGAGUAUAGACUAGAACAUUGCUUAUAACCAGAGUGUACUGUGCUUUGGUUUCGAAAAAAUCCAAAAACCUCAAAUUUUGACGUUUAUAUGAACAUUUUUUUAUUCUUAUGGGCUAUUGGUUUUUAAUGGGAACUUUUCCGUAACGAGGGUAAAAUUGAAUAAAAAUACGUUUUAAAAACGUUCUUUUUUUUACUCAAAAUUCGCUUACAUAAAGUCCUAGACAAACUUAUUUUUACUAUCAAAAUUACAAAAAUUCAAAAAAAGUCUCACUCGAAGUUCUAAUCGUCCUCUUUCUGAGUAAACCUCGUAACUACUUUUUUUUUCAUCGUUUAAAUUAUGAGUGAAAAACAUUCUUUAGUACUACUAUUGCGUAAAAAAAGCUUCAAAUUUUAAUAAUUAUAACAGAAUAUUCGAGACUUUUGAAUUUUCAUAUUUCCAUUAACGCACGUGUAACAGAAUAGAUGUUUUGACCGAUAUCUGAAAAAAUUAUAAUUUUGUAGUUACGAGAUUUACUCAGAAAGGGGACGUAAUCUGUUUCAAGAUUUAAAGUUCCACAAGUCGAACUUUUUUACACAGGAGGAAGUUUUUUCAGCGGAGUGAUCUGGAAUUUAUUUAAAUCCACACUCACUCAGAUUCGGAUUUUUAACAUUAAAAUAAACUCCCCUUCGGAGUAAAUUUCACUCUGAAGGAAUUAAAUACAUAAACAGUCAUCUGCUCCGGAUUUAAUCCGCGUUCACUCCAAAAAUUUUUUGCAGUGCGAGUACUAAUUGAUCAAGACAUCAAUUAUUGAAAAAAAAAAAAAAAAAAAAAAACUCUUAUCAUCACUUAAAAAAAACAAUUUGUUGUUUUAAUUAUUUAUUUACAGUAUUAAACAAAAUAAAAAAUAAUUCACGUACCAUCGGCUUGUGAUAAUUACCCAAGUAUAGCUUCACAUUAUUUUUAAAUAAAAUCCACCUUUUUUUGUAUUACUUAACAAUAAUAUAAAUUUGUACAUAUUUAAAUAAUAUUUGCACCUUUAUUGCGGGUACAAACAUAUUAUUAAUUUUAUGUUUUAGUAUUCGUCCCGACAAAGACAUUCACAAAUAUAUAAUAGGUGCUUUAUCAUAUACAUUAAGGUGAUAAAAAAAAUCGACAAUUCUUUUUUUUUAUGGAAAAACUAAGUUAAAAAUAUUAUAAUAAUUUUUCAAGGUCGCACUAAACAGACUUCGGUAUUUUUAUAAUUUAAAUGAAAAAAAAUUUAUAAAUUAUCUCAUUUAAAAUUUUUUUUUUUAAAUUGGAAAUAUUUUUGACGGAAAAUAAAUUUUAAUGUCAAGAAUUUCUACUUCAUUACAUAUUUAAAAAAAAUUUAUGUAAACAUAAUUAAUUAUAAUAAAUUUAAAAAUUUUAAAAAUACCGGGAAUUAGUUUGCGUAAGUUCUUAAAAUAGACCUAAAAAUUUUUUUACGAGUUAUUUUUUUCUAAUAAAUUUUUUUUUCUUACUGCGAAGUAAUAAAAAUAUGCGUUUUUUUUUUUUUUUACUCUAAUAAACAUAAAAAAAUGAAAUAAAAGUAACAGUGAGUUACAACGCUUACUGUUUGUAACAAUAAAUUGUAAUGCGCAAAAAAAUCAUAUCAUGAUAUAAAUUCGUUAGUUAAAUUCAUCGACAUAUUUUUCGGAUAAAAAUCUAUUAAAUGUUGCGUGUCAUGUUUUUAUAAAUAAAUUAUAUAUAUAUAUUGUAAUAAAUAAUGAUAACGCUAAUAUAUUAUCAGCCGCCAUAACUUUUUUAAAUAAAAAGAAAAAAAUUACGUAAUAGUAAGAAAACACAUUAACUGACUGCGCCUUAAUGAUGAAUUUUUGUAUCAUAAAAAAAUGAAUAUGAUAAAUAAAGUAACUAUGCUUGUUUAAAAUUAA